GCAGGCCUUCCCUCGAUGAUCCACGAGCUACCUACACAUUGCGUAACCUAGGGGCCCAAUGGGAACGCAAUUCAAUGUCCAAACCCGAAUAAUCUGAAGCAGAAGAGCAGAAAUGGCGGGCGACGGUAGCAACAGCCAGGCUGCUGCCAAGGACACAAAGUCCGACAGCGAUACGAGUGGGAAUGCAAGAUCCAAAGACAGCACCCCUACGACGACAGCCACCAGCGCUGUCCCAGCCGCCGCAGGUACUACAGAGACGCAUAAAAGUCCCAGAAAGAGGCGCAAAGUCAAUCACGCUUGUGUCUACUGCCGCCGAUCUGUAAGCCACCCAUCCAGUCUUGCCCAACAUAUGCCGCCAUCCCUAGCCAUUGGGUCCACGUCUGCGCGUAUGCGCCUGCGUGAGGCUUUGUCCCCUAUCUACCGUUGAUCUCUGAGACAGCAGCUGCCAUGCGCACGAACCCUGCCUAGCCACUCUCCCACAUGGCCUUGAUCUGAUAGACCCUCCUCCUACGUGUUUUCUCCCGCCCAAGUAUGACAAUUGGCUAACACUUAGGCUCUUGGGCUUCUAGCAUAUGACAUGCGAUCUUGUAUGAGAG